CGCGAGUCCGUUCCCGUCGCGAUGCACGGGCGGCGAUGCGGCAGCAUUGGAUGGCAUCAAAGUUGUCUCCGGGCGCAAGCGAACGACCGCUGAUAGCGUCCCUGUGACUGGUGGCGCCAUCGUAUUUGGAUCGGAUGGAUCUUUCAAGCUCCGGAAGCGGUCCGGAUAAUGACGGCAGUUGCAGAUGCGCACGCGAGCAGGUUCGUACCAGCGCUUGGCACCGGCAGACGCGGAGACGGACAGCCUUGAUGCGACGCUCGAUGAAGAGAUCGAGGACCUCAAGAAGCGCUCGCUGCCCAAGGCGCCGUCCAAGGCCGAAUGGCUAAGCACGAAGCUGCAUGCGUUGCUGUGGGUCGGUGGCGCCUGCCUUCUCGCGUACUAUCUCGACGUCGUCCACAUCGCACUACGCGACGUACGCGUCCAUCGGCUCUACUUCAACAUCGGCGUCGUCUGCGCAGGUGUAAAUGGCUGCAUCACGGCGUACCUGGCGCUUUGGCUGCCGUAUGUACGCAAGGUGGACUUGGAGUGGAGUGUGUACUGUCCACGCAUGAUCCCCACUGCGACCAUCGUCGGUCUCGUCGGCGCACUUGGUUUGAUCCUGGGCCUUUGGCCUGUCUGGGGCCUCUUCACGCCCGGAAUUCUCUUUGUGUUGUUUCUGGGCACGCUCAUGACGGCGCACUUUCUCCCAGCCAUGUAAUUUGCUACAAUAGUACACCACUCUUGCAC